AUGGUCUCGUUUAUGAGGAUUUUGUCUAGCAUAUUGACUUUAGUUACAUUAACUUUUGAAAAAAUAGAUACGCAAGAAAAUUUGUUGUAUGCUGCUCGCGAUAUCCGUUUCUUUGAAGGAGACCUGAUUGAUAUUAAAGAAAAUAAUAUCAUAGUUAUAACAUGUAAUUGUCCGACCUUGAACUUUCAUCUGAUACUCAAAACUAAAUAUGUUAAACGCUACACCUUCACAAGCAAAACUCAUACAUGUUAUACAUACGAAAUUGCGUCCACUUCCGAAAAAAUGCAGCUAGUCCACAAUGGGGAAGUAGUGGCAACAGCAGAGGAUGGUUUGGAGACAAUGGUCCUUAAAUGUUCUUCAAAAUAUGCUUCCUGGAAAAUUUUGAAGACCUGCUGGAACGGCGCCGAGUCACAUCCUUGUCGUAUCGAUUGCCCUCAUCAACACUGCGAGGAGUACGAUAGCCAACUUGACGUUCAUACAAGUAUAGUAUAACAAACAAAUUUUACGUUAACCAUAUUCAUUAUAUACAAACAUAUAACGAAAAUAUUGUAAACAUUCUAAUUAAAAAAAAGUAGGGUUUUUGUUGAUUACUAACAACACCAUCCUCACCAGUGCACAAGAACAUUCCUAUGAAUAAAAGUAUGUUAGGUAUCAUUUGAUGCUAUUAGUAUACUGGCUAUGGGUGGUGUGACGAGCCAUCACUAAAUUCGUUCACAAGAAAAUUGUAACAAAAAGACGAAUAACAAAUCCCCAAAACAUAACAAAAUUCGAAAAUUUGCAAAUCAUAAUUACUUAACACGCAUGUCCUAAUCUGCAUAUAGUACCAUUCAAAUAGAUAAUCAAACUCAACCACUAAUCCCCGAACGCAGGAACAAAAUUCGCAUAUUCGCAAAUUGCAAAUAUCAUCGCACUUGUCAGACACUGCAAACAACAUGUACAGAACCGUACACCAUAAAAAUCGCCAUUCGCAAUUACUUUCAUCCGAAAUUGUAUCCAAACUAAAGCAGCUGCAAACGAAACGCAGACGAAUAAAAAACAUCAAAAAACGCCGCCUUCACAAACAGAUGCAACAGGCUGACAAAAUGUGGCGAUGACGACAUGGGAACCAUGGCGCAAGUUGAGGAAAACUCGAUGAUAUACGACACAGUACUCGCAUAAAAACGUCAGAAAAGAAACCACAAUUAAACGAAAUUAAACCCUAUAAAACAGCGAAAUAAAACCUAAAGUCGCGUCCCGAGUAAUACAUAAAUCACGAAGAAAUAUGGCUUACUAACGUCGCGGGAGACAAGAUUAAUGGGUAAAAGUCCCUAUAAAAGCAGUCGCGCUGGAAGUGAUAUUCAUUCAAGUCCCGAGUUGCAGUCGAAGACUAUGCCCAUUUUCGUACCGAGUUUUUUUGCUAUUUUUGCUGAAUUUUGAACAAACUUCGGUCGUACAUAUGAAGCGUUUAAUUUAUGCGUUUUAAUCGAAAGGUCUUCGAUACCUUUGGUGCGAACAGAAGAUAGCGCCAGGGCGAAAGGAAUUUGGCACUUUUGGCCUUUCGUCGAGGAGGAUUCUUUGAUAAUUUACCGAUCGUUUUUUUUGUGAUAAUUAAUCCAAUGUUUCCUUAAUUUGCGUUUCCGAAUUGAAACCAUUUUCUCACCGUGCUUUAGCGCAUUUAUGGUACUAAUUUCUCAACGUUUAGCUGUACUUAAAGACUGUGACUAUUCAUAUUUUCGUUUAUUUGACUGUCCCUUAACCGCUAAUUUUCUCGUGAACAAGUGUUCGCGCUCGGCGUAUUUAGUUACUCAAAGAAAGGAAAAGGAAUUUACCUCUUUCUUUACAUGUUUAAAUUCACAAGAUAGCGUAGAUUUAAGUUUUAGUUGCUUUCCUUAUUCUCAGUGGAAAAUUUCUUUGAAUUCCACUGAAUUAUUAGUUUAAUUGUUUUUAACUGUAGUACUUAUCUAGCGGAUAACUGCCCAAAAACAAUUUAUUGAAUACUUAAGUGGUUCACUCGAAUUCGCGUUAGCAGUUUUCGAAGUUUAUUUAUCACGCACGUAACAUUAAUAUUGUUUAGCAGGUAUCGCAAAGAAUUAGGGAUUAACUAAAUUAAUUUCCAGUUUUAAUUGCAUGAUGAUUUUUAGGAUUAAAUUUAGUUAGAGUCGUGCGUUAUGUUCAUA